AUGCGCAUUCCUGCCGCCCGAUCCCCUUUUCCCGCCGCCUCCCUUUUGCCCUGUCCGUCGCCCGACCCCCCUUCCCUUCCUUCUCUCCCUUCCAUCCCUUCUCUCCCUUCCCUCCCUUCUCUCCCUUCCAUCCCUUCUCUCCCUUCCCUCCCUUCUCUCCCUUCCAUCCCUUCUCUCCUCCCUCCCUCCCUUCUCUCCCUUCCAUCCCUUCUCUCCCUUCCCUCCCUUCUCUCCCUUCCCUCCCUUCUCUCCCUUCCCUCCCUUCUCUCCCUUCCCUCCCUUCCCUCCUUUCCCUCCAAUCCCUCCCUUCUCUCCAGUCUCUCCCUUCCCUCCCUGUCUCCCUUCCCUCGCUUCCCUCCCUUCCCUCACUUCUCUCUCCCUGCUCUCCCAUCUCUCCUUUCCCUCCCUCUCUCUCUCCCAUCCCUUGCUUCCCUCCUUCCCUCCCUUCCCUUCCUUCCCUCCCUUCUCUCCCUUCCCGCGCCCUCCCCCUUCUCCCCCCUUACCUUCUCUCCCUUUUCUUCCUUCCCUAUCAUCCGUCCUUGCAAUCUCCUGUCUCUCCCUUCUCUCCUUUCUCUCUCUCUCUCUCCCGUCCCUCCCUUCCCUCCCUUCCCUCCCUUCCCUCCCUUCCCUCCCUUCCCUCCCUUCCCUCCCUUCCCUCCCUUCUCUCCAUUUUCUCCCUUUGUCAGAGUGGUUAGUGGCUGGGAUUCUGACACCCUUCCCUCAUCCCGACUUCCAAUCUUCCGUCUCUCCCUUCCCUCCCUUCUCUCCCUCCUCUCCCAUCUCUCCUUUCCCUCCCUUUUCUUCCAUCCCUCGCUUCCCUCCUUCCCUCCCUUACCUUCCCGCCCUUCUCUCCCCCCUUACCUUCUCUCCCUUUUCUCCCUUCCCUCUCAUCCCUCCAUGCAAUCUCCUGUCUCUCCUUUCUCUCCCUUCUCUCCCGUCCCUCCCAUCCCUCCCGUCCCUCCCGUCCCUCCCUUCCCGCCCUUCUCUCCCUUCAAUACCUUCGCUCCCUUCCCGCCCUUCUCCUCCCCCCCACCGUAUCUCCGUUACCUUCCAUUCCAUCCCUACCCUUCCUCGUCUCUCCCUCCCGACAUCUCUCCUGCUUCUCCUUUCACUCCCUUUCAUCCGUUGCCUCCCUUGACUACCUUCCCUCCCUUCUCUCCCUUCGAUAGAAGUCUCUCCCCCUCCCUUCCCUCCCUUCUCUCCCUGCCCUCCCUUCCCUCCCUUCUCUCCCUGCCCUCCCUUCCCUCCCUUCUCUCCUUGCCUUCCUGUCCCCCAUCCGUCCAUCCGUACGCACUCCUCCAGCCAUUCUCUCCUCUUGCAAUCCUCACUGCCAUCCUUCCCUUCCGCUAA